GAACACUGUAAAUACCAGGCUAUAUAAAUGUUGUGGUAUCCAAGUUGUCGGUCAGUGAAGUUGCCACCGCCGUAGUCAACAUGACGUCCAGGGUACUACUGUGUGACCUCUGCGUCAUCCUGCUCUGCGGACUCACUCUGAUAUUGGCUGAAGAGAAAACUAACAGCUCACCACUGCCAGACGAUGGACCAAAGGGUAACUGUUCAUGCGGAGGAUUCCCGUCAAGCACAAUAGAUUCAGGAAGUCAGCCUAUCCUGUCACAGACCCCCGGCCUGGUGGUGAAGUGUGACGAUGAAGGCGCCAGCACCUGUAAGAGCCUUUGUAACGCCUUAGCCACUGCUACCAAGGCGAAGGGACCUGAGGUGUUGUGCAAUAGGCUUAAGAAUGCAAAGGAAUUAAAGUUGUCAGCCUUCUAUCAAAUCUGCGAUCAUGCAUGGACAUUUGCAGACAUGACGGCGGAUGAGCCGCUUUGCUGUGAAGAAACCAAAGUGAAGAUUUGCCCUUCUAUGGAGAAAGCAAACUCUACAGACACAAUCGACGCUAAGACAGUAAUGUAACGCGUUCUUUGUAAUGUACUAGUUUAGUCUCUCAUUUAUUAUAGUAAAUGGAUUAUACUCAUAAGA